UUUCCAUUCCUCGCUCACCAAGCCAACAACCAAAUCGAAUUCGCCGACGACUCUCUUUAUUCCUCCCGCUCGCCGCCGCGGCCGCCGCCUGAGGGCAAGAAGCGAGCGAGCGCACCGCGGAUCUCCCUCCCGGCCCCGCCGCGCGCACCGGUGAAGACGACGAGCCCCUCGUGAAUGGUGGGAGCCCGCGCGACGUCCGUCGCCUCGCAGCCGCAGCCGGAGGAGGCCUCCUUCCGCGGCUUCGGUUACUGCAUGCAGGGCUGGUACCACCGCUGCAUCGGUCUCGACCCCUGAACCCCGCCGCCACUUGCUUCUUUGAUUUGAUUUCAUUCGGUUCGUUCGGUGCCCCUCCCGUCCUGGAUCUGUUGCGCGAGAGCGCGGCAGCGCGCGAGAUUCGCCCCCUUCUCUUCUCAUAGGAAGCAGGAAGCAAGCCGAUCGCUCGCUGAGCGCCGCCGCCGAUGGCCGUCGCGGUGCCGAUGAAGCUCUGGAGGGUGGAGACCCGCGGCAAGGCCGCCGCCGCGGGGCCCGACGACCCCCUGCGCGUCCUGGUGACGGUGACCGUCCUCGGGAGCGCCGGCCCGUUGCGCUUCAUCGUCCUCGAGGGCGACACGGUCGCCGCGCUCAUCCGCGGCGCGCUUCGCUGCUACGCCCGCGAGGGCCGCAUGCCGCUGCUCGGCACCGACCCUGCCGGCUUCGUCCUCUCCACCGCCAACGGCGGAUCCGGCGCACUCGGAGAAGACGAGAGGAUCAGCUUCAACGGGUGCCGGAACUUCCUGCUUUGGCAGAAGGCUGCGGCUCAGGGUGCCGCCGCCAACCACGCCGGGUCCGAUGCUCUGACGGCAACCCUGAGCCCCGGCAGGAAGGGCAGCGGUGGAUUCAAGGCUACUGAUCCGAGCCCUGGCAGGAAAGGCGGCGGCGGCUGGAAGGCUGGACUGAACAAGUUCCUCCUCAGCUUCAGCAUCAAGGUGUGAUCCAUACGUGGACGAGAGAAGGGGGGCGUUUCUUGGUGUCGAGGCACCGCGCAACAAUAAAAAUGCAUUGCAUUGGUUUGUCUGUUUUUUCAAUUAAUCAGGAUUGUUUGUUGCCGCCAGUGAGAUGGCGAAGUGUAAUUCGUCAUGCGAAUCCGAGUCGAGUCGAGGCAAUGUGAUUCAUCGUAUGUUUGAGUCGAGUCGUGUCAGUUGCUUAGUUUAUUUGGCUGUUCUAUUUCCAAA